AUGAAGAUGCCGGUUUCAUUUAAGGUGAAAAACCGUACGGUUAACUUCAACUAUAUUCCUGACCUCGACCUCCGACGUCGCCGUGUGUUCGAUGAGCUCGAUGCCACUCACUUCCAGAGCCUCGUUGUGUUCGUCGCUGGAAUUGGUUUCUUCACUGAUGGAUACGAUAUAUUUGCCGUCGGAAUGAUUAUCCCCAUGCUGGCUCACGUCUACUGGCAAGGCACCAUGCCAAUACACAUCGAAACAGGCAUGAGAGCCGCCACUUUACUAGGCACAAUUAUCGGACAGUUCGUCUUCGGGAUACUUGCUGACCUCUACGGGAGACGGAAGAUGUACGGCUUCGAGCUUCUUAUCGUUACACUGUCGACUAUUGGGGUUACAAUGGCGGCCGACGGUGCGUCUGGUUCUAUGAGUAUUGUCGCAUGGUUGAUCGCAUGGAGAUUCAUCAUGGGUAUUGGCAUUGGAGGUGACUAUCCGCUCUCUGCAGUGAUCACCUCUGAAUUCGCUCCAACUCGAUCGCGGGGCCGGAUGAUUUCCACGGUUUUCUAUAUGCAGCCUUGUGGUUACCUCGCUGCAACACUGGUGGCGUUGAUAGCGAUUGUUGCGCAUCGCGGCAGUAUUCCGCAGAAUAUCCCCACGCGGGUUGAGGACAUUGUAUCCUGUAUGGAUAAUCCAGAGUGCCGACGUGCAAUGGACAGCGUGUGGAGGUGGGUGAUUGGCAUCGGUGCUGUACCAUCUGCCAUUGCCAUAUUCUUUAGAUUCAGUAUUCCUGAGUCUCCACGGUACACGAUGGAAGUGCUAAAUCGACCAGACGAGGCACUCGAGGAUGUCAACGAGAUGGGUUGGCAGCGAGUACCCCAAAAGACUAUCACUCCAGGUGAUGUUGAGAUGCAACUACCUCCACCAGAGCAACAGUCUCAAUCUCAGCGGCCACCCAUGGCAGAAGGAAAUAACCUACAGGCGGAAAAACCACCAACCUUCUCUCAUAGGCCUGCCUCGGCAAUAUCAAAUCCAUCCAAUCAGCCGGUAUCCAAUGAUUGGAGCCAUUUUGAUCCCCGUCAGCACCAACGGAGCACUUCACGAGCGACAGACGGUGCCUCACAGCGUUCACCACGUCGUGUCUCGCGUACACAUACCGUCUCCAGCGCCCAUUCUGGCGCUGGAUCAUCCUUAUCCUUUUCUACAUCUAAUGAUGAUGAACCAGCAGAUAGUACAUUGGUAGAAGAUGAUUUCUCACCUCCUACUAAGGAAGCUAGCCAAUGGGCUCGCUUCCGUACUGGCUUUUACAAUCAUUUCAUCACCAACGGCCACUGGCCCACCCUCCUCGGCACAUCACUUGCAUGGGCCUGCUUCGAUUUCGCAUUUUAUGCUCUAGGCCCCAACUCAUAUAAAGUGGUGGGGAAGAUAUUCAACGAAAGUGUACUAUGCUUCCCCGGCGUUAUCAAACAUGGCGGCCAGAUGCCGACCCCUUGUCUUCCCCCUAACCGCAGCUUAUACGAAGAUGUCCUCCAGAAUGCAUGGCACUCGCUCAUCAUUGUUUCUGCAGGCUCAAUAACAGGUGGCCUGGGCAUGAUAAAGCUAAUUAAACGCAAUUCUCCUCGCACUAUCCAACUGUACGGCUUCAUUGUUUUGGCCGUGAUCUUCGUUAUCAUCGGCGUCUGCUUCCAGGUUGUUAACAGAUCUACUUCUGUGCCACUAAUUGCAUUCCUCUACGUUCUUUCUCAGAUCUUCUUCGAGAUCGGUCCUAAUGUCACUACCUUUAUGAUUCCAGCCGAGUUGUUCCCAACUCGAUUCCGCUGCACCGCCCACGGCAUCUCCGCGAUGACUGGGAAGAUUGCAUCUGUCUUGGUACAGGUAUUCGUUGCUUAUGCACCCAUUGGCCCCUACAAGCCAUCUGACAACAACCCUUCCGACCCCAACUCCACAGAUACCAAAGCUCAAUGGCUAGGGUACGUGGUUAUCAUAUUUGCUGCCUUUAUGGUGCUUGGAGCCGCGGUUACGAAGUGGCUUAUCCCUGAAACAAGACAGGUUGAUGGUCUCGCAAGGCCACUGGAAGAGUUACAAUAUCUUGCUAAGAUACGGAGACCAGCAAAGAAGAAGGCUGCUGCGCCUGAGCCUGCGAAUGCCCAGGGAGCCUCUGCGGCUGCAAAUGGGCCAAACGGCGUGCUUACCGGAGAAGGUAAUGCUAAUAUGAAUGUGUAA